UGCUCCACGGAUCUCUGACCUUUAUCUCCCAGCCUUUCGUACUCACCGCCGGCUGCGCCAGUCCUUCCCUUUCCCUCCCUCUUCAUCGUCUUCUCCGUACCACCUACCCGGAAAAGGAGGGGAUCUCUCCUUCCGCCUCCUCAUCCAUGGCGGCGGCGAGCUGGAUCCGGCUCCCACGCGCCACUCUCAUCCUGCUCCUACUCGCCCUCCACCUCUCCCUCUCUCUCGCCGCCCAGUUCGAGGGGUUCGACUCCGACGAGCUCCCCUCCGCCUCUGCCGCCGACCUCGCAUCCUCCGCCGAUGACGACGAGGAACUCGACCUCGAAGUUGACCUCCCGCCUCCUCCGCGCAUCUCCCUCUCCACCGCCGCUCCUUCUCCUCCCGUGACCACUACCACUGCCGCAAACCCUAAUCUUAACCCCAGCCCCACACCCACGCCUCCGAAUCCCACUCCGUCCCUCGAUUUCUGGGACGAGGACGAGUUCGAGGGCAUCCCUGUCCCAGAAGGCGCAAUCUCUGACGAAUCCUCCACGCCGGCCGACGCCAGCCCGUCAGAUCCCUCUUCUGAAGACGCGGCCGAGGCCUUGCCGGCCCCGCCAAGGCGGCCAGCGGAGCUCAUCCGCGCGUUCUCCAUCGAGAUCGCCUGCGUCAGCUUCCUGAUCUGCUUCCUGCUCAACUACUUCACUGGGAAGCGGCAGAACGAGGCGAUCGCGCUGGCCUGGGCCACCAAGUUCGCCACAAGAGACUCCAUCUUCGACAAGAACUUCAGCCUCCUCGGCACCGGCGACGGAAAGGAUACGCCGCUCCUGCUGAAGGAAGGGCAGGACGUGUUCAAGUUCUACGCCAGCGGUAGGCGGUUCUGCCAGGGGAUGCUCGCCACCAUGGAGAUGCGCGCACGGCACGACCUGCUGUCCAAGCUGGUGGAGCUGGUGUUCCCCAGGAAGGACACCAUCACGUUCGAGGUGGUGAUGAACGAGGAAGCUAUGGACCACGUGAUGGUGGCUGUGGCAAGGAAGAGGGUGGCCAAGGCGAUGCAGAAGGAGGAGAGGGAUCUGCAAAAGUUUGCCUCUGUUAUCACUUCGGCACCUGCUGGUAGGAAGUGGGUUGCAGAUGAGCUUGCAGUGGUGGCCGAGUCAAAGGAGGUUGCUGGGGAUAUGAUUACUGAGGCGGUCCUAGAUCAGGUGCUUGGUGAGAAAGCAUUCGAGAAAUUUGGGAAGUGGUUCAUCUCACUUCAUUUUUCAGAUCAACUGGCAGGCUCUUACAAGAAAGUCCUCGCGUUCAAGUUUGUGCUUCCAGAUGCAAACAACAUGGCUGAAAUGACAAGAUUAGUUGCUCUUGUGCCAUUCUACAUUGAUUUGAUUGGACGUUACAAGCUCAGCUCACAUGCCCGCUCGAAAACUGAUGCUGCUAGAACAAAGGCUGCUCAGGAAGCUUUCAGGGAACUUCAGGGUGUCAGGCAGGAGGCUCUGCAGAGGAAAAAGGCUGAAAAGAAAAAGCUUCUGGAAGAGGCAGAGGCCAAAUUGAGCGCAGAGGUGCUCCGCAAGAAAGAGGAGAAAGAAAGGUCUCGUCAGAUGAAGAAGGGGAUGCCCAAAGUUAAGAUGCUCCGUUCCUAAAUGGCUAUUGCCUUCCGCUGUUCGCUCGCUGAUUAGCCUAUAGUUCAGCAUCUGCUCGACUCUUCGGUGUUCCAGUUUUGAGCCAUCAGAUUUCCCUGUUCUGAGAAUCAAGCAAAAGAAAGGAGGAGAAAAUGCCAACACGUGCUCUGUCGAAGGCUGAUUGUCCUUGCGCGUUAGUUCUGUCUAUCUGAAUUGGCCACACAGCAGCUCAUUUGUAAGCACGCUUGAAACGCGAUUCCAUGUUCUGCCGUGUGAUACAUUGAUAGAUCUGUGCUACCAUGUUUGCUGAUAAUGUUAAAUUUGUGCGUAUCUUCUGCUGCCAGAAUAAUAAAUCUGUUUUAUCAGCGAUGCAA